AUGUCUGUGCCUCGAACUCGCCAAGCGCUCGUCGCCUUGCGACAACUUCUCAAUCCCCUUCUCGAAGUCCUACUUGCUACCUUGGAAAGACAACUUGACGCCGAACGAAUUGCAAACCUCGAAAGACAACUCGAGAUCCAGCGACAAGCCAACUCAACUGCGAGGCGCCCCUGCCGGGAAUCUGAAGAAAGAGAUAGCGACAUAAAACUGGAUGUUGUCUCAGUCAAACUCAACCCGACCUCAAGCCUCCAAAUACGCCAACGCUGGCUCUCCGAAUUGGAAGAAAUCUUCGAAGCGUCACCUCGUCGAUACGCCAAGGACCAACGGAAAAUUACUACUGCCUUCUUCUGCCUCGACGACAAGCACCGACCGCAAUGGACCGAUUUCAAAAACAGCCACUACACAAAAGCCCAACCCCCAUCCUGGAAAGACUUCCAACAAUGGACACUGGACUUCAUCCGCGGAGGACGCAACACCGCUAUCGACCUCGCUAAAACGUACUUCAAUGCCAAACAACGACCCAACCAGGAUCCGAUCGCCUUCCACAACUACCUCCAGUCGAUCGAAUCCCAGAUGGCGAUAUCGGAAGAACAGCGCGUCACAGGGUUCUUCGCAAAACUCAUCGAACCCUUACGAAAGGAAUUGAAGUUUGUUCUCCAGGAUAGAUUCCCAACCAAUCGAGAUGACCUUCUCUCAGCCGCGAUCCUCACCUGGAACAACAAGGACAUGGGAACACCGGCUCCUACGAAAAAGCGCAAUCAUGAGGAUACCACCACACCGUACAGUCACAAACGGCAAAAGAACGACAAAACAGAAAACACAAACGAAUCAAAAAAAUCGAAAAACGACAAAAACGACAAAAACAAAAACAACGACCAGAAUCCUCGGACGAAGGAUCUUUCGACGAUCACUUGCUACCAUUGCAGCAAGAAGGGACACUACGCCAACAAGUGUCCAGACAGGCAAGCAACCAAUACAGACACCCCAGCCGCGGUCAACCGAAUCACCCAGGAUGACAGUGACUCGGAAAACUACAGCGAGUCGGAGUAG